AUGGGGCGCCCAGGCCCCCACAACCUGACCUGCGUGUCCUACAAGCACCCGAGCGUGCGGGGGGCGCUGGGGGGCGCGGGGGGGGCGGCGGCCGGCGCCGUUCGCUGCCCCCCCGGGCAGUGCUGCGUCGGCAUCUGGAACCGCAGCCAGGCUCUGGUGCAGGGCUGCUGGGGCGGCCGGGGGGACGCCUGUCCCUCGGCCACCUGCGCCCCCAGCCCCGCGGGACACCCCGGCAGCUCCGUGCUCCUGUGCCUGUGCCACGGCCACCUCUGCAACGGCAACGCCACGGGGACAGCGGCCGUGGGGCUGGGGGGAACCCGCCAGGGCCCAGUGCCCGGCCAGGGGGGAUCCGUGGGGACCCUGUGGCUGUGGGGUGCCGGCCCCCUCCUCCUCAUCCUCUUCACGUGUCUGGGCAUCCUCGGACUGCGCCGGACAAGGGCCCGCACGGGUCAGCCACCGCGGGGGGGGCGGAGAAUCGGGGUCCCCCCGGAGCCCCCCAGCCCGGACCUGCCUGCGCUGCAUUUCCUGCAGGUGCGGGACACCCGCGGGGCGAGGGGCAACCACGGGGAGGGCACCCAUGGGGCGAGGGGCAGGCGGGGGGGCGCCCAGGUGCUGCAGUCGGGCCGGUUCUCGGCGGUGUGGCGGGGGACGCUGCGCCAGCGGCCCGUGGCCAUCAAGGCGUUCGCGGCCGGGGCUGGCCGGAGGUUCGCGGCCGAACGCGCCGUGCACGCGCUGCCGCUGAUGGAGCACGAGAACGUGGCCAGGCUGCUGGACACCAGAGCGGCCGGACCCCGCGCCCGAGGGGGACUCCUGGUCCUGCAGCUCUACCCGGCCGGCUCCCUGCGCCACUUUCUGGGGCAGCACGUGGGGACCUGGGCGGGCAGCGUGCGCCUGGCGCUGUCCCUGGCCCGCGGCUUGGCCUUCCUGCACCAGGAGCUGUGGCGUGACGGGCUGUACAAGCCCAGCGUGGUGCACCGGGACCUGAGCAGCCAGAAUGUGCUGGUGCGGGAGGACGGGACCUGCGCCAUCGGCGACUUCGGGCUGGCGCUGGCGCUGCCACCGCGCGCCCAGGACGGCACCGGCGCCCGGCACGCCGUGACCAUCCGGAAGGCGGGCACCCAGCGGUACCUGGCACCCGAGAUCCUGGACGAGAGCCUGGACCUGCGGGCCUGGGGCCGGGCACUGCGCCAGGCCGACGUCUACGCGCUGUCCCUGCUGCUCUGGGAGAUCCUGUCCCGCUGCCAGGCCCUGAGCCCCGGAGCCCCGGUGCCGCCGUUCCGGCUGGCGUACGAGGCCGAGCUGGGCUCCAGCCCCAGCGGGGCUCAGCUGCGGCGUUUGGCUGCGGACGAGAGGCGGCGGCCGCUCAUCCCCCCCGCCUGGCACCGCGCCCCCCAGCCCGGGGGGGCUCUGCCGGAGCUGCUGGAGGAUUGCUGGGACCCGGACCCCGAGGCGCGGCUCUCGGCCGAGCGGGCUCUGCAGCGGCUCCAGCGCUUGGCCGCGGGGCCCGCACCGGCCCCGGAGGACCCCGGCCCGGGGGUCGCCCCCCGCCAGGUCCUGGAGUCUCCCACCAUGUGGAACCCUGGUGCAGGUACAGGGGGGCACCCCGGUCUGGGGGGGCUGCCUUGA